GCAGAGAGCUCGCUGCGUUCCCCCACCAUCUUCCAACCUGCGCGUCGCAGUUAUGGACUCUGGUGAACUGCGGUAUAUAUGGUGUUGGGUGUUUUGAUGGUUAUGUAUUGAUGCUAUUUCUGAAAGAAAUACGUAAUUAUUACGUUUUAAUGUAUUUUAUCCCGCAAAAAAUUAUUCGUUUACUGUAAUAUUAAGAACACAAAAUGGAGCAAUUGCAGACUGCAUUAACAGCAAUCAAAGUGUUACGUUCAAGUGUUGGUCAGGUGUUUGAUUCUUUAGGAAAUGGAUUAAGAGCUGACCAUGGAGAGGAGAAUAAAGAAAAUAAAUAUCUACUUGAAUUGCAAGAACUUUUAACAACUGUCAAUGUUAAUUUAAGAGAUGUUGAACAAGCUGUAAGCAGUUUAAAUCCACCACCAGGACCAUUUAAUUUAGGUAGUACAGCAUAUCUCAGUCAAGAAACAACACAAGAAAGACAAGCAUUAUAUGGUACAUUAGUCAAUAGUUACAAAUGGACUGAUAAAGUCCAUGAAUACAGUAAUGUUGCUCAAAUGUUACUUAGUCAAAAUUCCUUAAAACGCUCCUAUAAUACACCUAGCAGAGCUAAAAGAGGAAGAAUACAAACAAGCAAUCAUAAUGUUCCUCAACAACAAGUUGAUUCCUUAAUAGCUACAUUUGAUAGAUUAUUUAAUGAUAUGACAGUUUCUGUGUCUCGACCAUUUGCAUCAAAUGCAGUAUUACAUGUUACAUUAGGCCAUGUUUUAAAAGGAGUGAUAGCAUUCAAGGGCUUAAUGAUUGAAUGGGUAGUGGUAAAAGGCUAUGGAGAGACUAUGGAUUUAUGGACAGAAUCAAGGCACAAGGUUUUCAGAAAAGUAACAGAAAAUGCGCAUGCUGCAAUGUUACAUUUUUAUUCACCUGCGCUACCCGAAUUAGCAGUUCGAUCGUUUAUGACUUGGUUUCAUAGUCUGAAUAAUUUAUUUAGUGAUCCGUGUAAGCGUUGCGGCUUACACCUGCACAGUGCUUUACCACCGACAUGGAGAGAUUUUCGAACUUUAGAACCUUAUCAUCAAGAAUGUAAACCAUAAUAUUCUAGAAUAACAAAAUAAAUUUGUACAUAAUUGUUUUUUCUACUU